AUGCAGGUCGACAGACUGAGGUGUCAUGCACGAUCCUCCACUCUCCUGUCAUUACUGCAGUGUCCUCCACGGCCGACCUUCCCUGGCGUGUCCCCUUCUCCGUCCAACAUCCUCAGCGUGUCCCCUUCACCGUCCAACAUCCUCAGCGUGCCCCCUUCACCGUCCAACAUCCUCAGCGUGUCCCUUUCACCGUCCAACAUCCUCAGCACGACCCUUUCACCGUCCAACAUUCUCAUUACGACCCUCUCACCGUCCAACCUCCUCAACACGACCCUCUCACGCGUCCAACAUCUUCAACGUCUCUCUCACCGUCCAACAUCCUCAGCACGACCCUCUCACCGUCCAACAUCCUCAGCACGCUCUCUCACCGUCAACAUCCUCAACCCUCCUCAACAUCCAUUACGACCUCUCACCGUCCAACAUCUCAGCACGACCCUCUCACCGUCCAACAUCCUGCGACCUCUCUCACCGUCCAACAUCCUCAGCACGACCUCUUCCUCCAGCACGACCCUCUCACCGUCCAACAUUCCCCCCCUCUCAAACAUCCUGAACACGACCCUCUCUCACCGUCAACAUCCUCAGCACGACCCUCUCCCCGUCCAACAUCCUCAGCCGUCAACAACACCCUCUCACGCGUCCAACUUCAACACGACCCUCUCUCACCGUCCAACAUCCUCCACGACCCUCUCACCGUCCAACAUCCUCAGCCACGACCCUCUCACCGUCCAACGUCUCAACGACCCUCUCACCGUCCAACAUCCUGAACAUGACCCUCUCUCACCCCAUCCUCUCUCACCGUCCAACAUCCUCAACACGACCCUCUCACCGUCCAACAUCCACCGUCCAACGUCCUCAACACGACCCUCUCACCGUCCAACAUCCUCCUUUGACCCUCUCACCGUCCAACAUCCUCAACACGACCCUCUCUCUCACCGUCCAACAUCCUCAACACGACCCUCACCGUCCAACAUCCUCAGCACGACCCUCUCACCGUCCAACGUCCUCAACACGACCCUCUCACCGUCCAACAUCCUCAGCGACCCUCUCUCUCAUCCAACAUCCUCAACACGACCCUCUCACCGUCCAACAUCCUCUCUCACCGUCCAACAUCUUCAACACGACCCUCUCACCGUCCAACAUCCUCUCAACCGUCCAACAUCCUCCAACUUCCCUCUCUCUCACCGUCCAACGUCCUCCGACCCUCUCACCCGUCAACAUCCUCAACACGACCCUCUCUCACCGUCUAACAUCCUCAGCACGACCCUCUCACCGUCCAACGUCCUCAACACGACCCUCUCACCGUCCAACAUCCUGAACAUGACCUCUCUCUCUCACCGUCCAUCCUCAGACCUCAACCAACGACCCUCUCACCGUCCAACAUCCUCAACACGACCCUCUCACCGUCCAACAUCCUCAACACGACCCUCUCACCGUCCAACGUCCUCAACACGACCCCUCUCACCGUCCAACAUCCUCAACACGACCCUCUCACCGUCCAACAUCCUCAACGACCUCUACCGUCCAACAUCCUCAACACGACCCUCUCACCGUCCAACGUCCUCAACGACCCUCACCGUCCAACAUCCUCAACACGACCCUCUCUCCUCCACCAUCCAAACAUCCUCAACACGUCUCACCGUCCAACAUCCUCAACACGACCCUCUCACCGUCUCUCCAACGUCACUCAACAUCCUCUCUCUCUCCAGCAUGUCUCUCAUCGACCCUCUCUCCCGUCGUCCUCUCACAACAUCCCCAACACGACCCUCUCACCGUCCACAUCCUCAACACGACCCUCUCACCGUCUCAACAUCCUCACGUCCAGCCAUCCUCACCCUCUCACCGUCCAACGUCCUCAACACGACCCUUUCACCGUCCAACAUCCUCAACAACACCUCCAUCCUCUCUCACCCGUCACCGUCCAACAUCCUCAACACGACCCUCUCACCGUCCAUCCUCAACACGACCUCUCUCACCGUCCAACAUCCUCCUCUCUCUCACCGUCCAACAUCCUCAACACGACCCCUCUCUCACCGUCCAACAUCCUCAGCACACGACCCUCUUCACCGUCCAACGUCCUCAACACGACCCUCUCACCGUCCAACAUCCUCAACGACCCUCUCUCACCGUCCAACAUCCUCAACACGACCCUCUCUCUCAUCGUCCAACAUCCUCAACGACCCUCUCACCGUCCAACGUCCUCAACACGACCCUCUCUCUCACCGUCCAACAUCCUCUAACGACCCUCUCACCGUCCAACAUCCUCAACACGACCCUCUCACCGUCCAACAUCUCUCCAACAUCCUCAACACGACCCUCUCUCUCACCGUCUAA